AUGUCUCAAUUUACCACUGGCGAUGUCGCCUUCCUCUUGGAAUGGCACCAAUUUAACAAGGGCGGAAAAGCUAUGCUUCAACGCCUGAAUCCAACACAUUAUAUGGAGGGUCCUUGUGGACAUCCCGUUAUUAUCUUGAAUAAGACCGCAACUUACGCCCUCGUUACCACCGUCUCGGCCCACGGGGCGGGGCCGUGGGAUGGGUGGCGGGCCCCAUGGACCUCCGGUCGCCAUUACGCUAGGGAGGCAGACCAUUUCCGGUCAUUUGCCGGAACCCAGAGGUCGAACAGCCACAGGGCAUUCCUCCGCCUUUCCAAGGGGGCUUGGCCCAAGCCGAAGGGCUCGUGGGUCCACGUGGAGAAUGUUCUCCUUGUUCCUCUCUUUGCUUUGGGCAUCUUCACGAAGCCCAAAUGCUGGGAGAGGAGCGGGACCAUUCUCCACGUGGACCAGACCAGUAUGCACGAUCUGAUGAUGCAUAUCCAGGUAGCCAACCCUCAAUGGUUUGAGCUUCUUGGCCGACUCGAUAUACUCGCGGGCAACAAGCCAAAAGCAAUCCAGACGAAGCAGCACCCUCCUCAUCCAGCUGCUCCUCGCCCAGCUGCUCCUCGCCCAGCUGCUCCUCGUCCAGAUGAGAGCGAGUCUGGUUGGACCACCGUCAAGAAUAGGAGAAGAUGA